AUGUCUCCCAAAUUUUUCAUCUUUAGCUUGAUGAGCUUUCAUGUGAUUGCUGGAUGCAUUGGUGGUAACGAGAUGUGUAAGGUCGCCAGUGGUCGUCGAAGGGCGUGUCAUUCUCCUCCUUGGAUCCAGUGGGGUGGUAAAUGCUACCAAGCCGUCAUGGAGGAACUGACAUGGUUCGAAGCCAAAGAUGAGUGCGUCCAGAUGGGAGGUGUCUUGGUCGUACCACAGUCUGACGAGGAGACUGGUUUCCUCCUGCUCCUAACGCAAUCAGACUUCUGGGUCAAUUGCAAUGACCUUCGGAAAGAAGGCACGUGGGUGUGUCUCGACGGCGUUGACGAAGUGGAGUACAGGAAUUGGGAAGUUAGAAACUACCUACAACCUGAUAACUACGGAGGAAAUGAGAACUGUGCUGAGGUAUACUCUGUGUUCGGAACAUGGAAUGACCUGCCAUGUGAGAUGAAACUCCUCGCAAUAUGUAGCCAUGCAACCAGCAUUCAUCAUGGCUGCACUUCCGCCCCCGAUAAGUAA